AUGAAUGACUUCAAAUGCUUUGACCAGAGCCUGCAGGCAGUUCUGCUACUCGAACUACAAGCAGCCAGUCCACCUUCUUCUGUGGCAACAACCAGGGACUCCACUCGCCUGGGAAUGAGCACAGCUGGCGGGGUCCCAGUCCCUUCGCAAACAUACUCACUGGGCCUGGCACAAGCCUACUCCAAGGUGUCCGUCCGACGGCUCCUUCAGUUCCCAGGGGUCUCUGGAGCCAAGGCCUCAACAGACACAGCUUCUGCCAGGGCCCUGUGCCCGACACAUAACUCCUCUGUUGGUUUUGAUGCCUCUGGGCCUGAGCAGACUAAAAUCAUAGCUCUCCUACCUAAAGACAGUGAUCCAGUCUCAUCCUGGGGUAGAUUUGGACAGUAUGAUGAUGGACUAGAUGACUCCUUACUGGAGAUUUCUGAGGUAGAGGAGGAUGAUGGUCACUUCAGUUACACAGAAGAAAAGAUUCAGGAGCUAUUGAAGGAUGGUGAGUCACUAAAUGAACAGUCUCUGGGAGGAUUAAGAAAAGAUGCAGGCAAUGAUGGACACAAAUUAGGUGACACAGCUAGGCCUCCAGCUGUGUCUUCACCUACCAACCUCCAGUCUUCAUCUACCAAACUGGUCAAAUUAGACAAGGAUUCUAAAAAGAAGGAAGGGUAUGAGAGAAGAUUAGGGAAAGUCAUUCCACUCCAACUGGCCAAAGCAAGGAGUAAGAUUCAUACAUGCUCGAAGACUGAGCUAGAACAGAAGAAGCAAAUUUAUCUUAAGAAUGUCAUUGCUCACUUAAAAAAACCCUCUGAAUCUAACCAAGGUGCCUUAGAUGAGUUGUGUGCCUUGAUGGACCAAGUUGCUGGGGAAUAUCAAAAGGAGAAUCAGUGGUGGCAGCACCCAUCAGACCUCACCAUGAGAAAUUAUCCCUGAUUCAGACAGAAGCCCUUACAGAGGUACAGCCUGACUCAGUGGGUGGACAGGAACCUUUGCAGCCAUCGUUGGUUUGAAGGCCUUGCUGAUCAGUUUCAACACACUCCAGUUGUUUCAUCCCCCCACCUAUGA